AUACCUAACGCUUUUUGGUCAGAAACAAGCGCUCGUCACAAUGGAUAUUUUGGCUGUUCGACAUUUCCUUACAGCAAGAGCAAGGCUUUGAUUCGAUAUGUAUUGGCAGAUACAAUGUUUCGUCUCAUUGUUAAAAAGCUCAAGCCACAAAAUGAAGAAAAGAUCGAGCCACGGAAGAAAGAAAAGAUCGAGCCACAGAAGAAAGAAAAGAACUAUUAUUGGAUAGAGAUGGGUUACUUCACCAGAUGGACCGACAGAAGUAAUCUACUCGUCUGCUUUAAUACCCCAGAAGAGUUUCGGCAGCAGUUCGUGGAUACUCUACAAGCUCGUCAGAACGAUGCAGGCGAGUGUGCCCACAAGCCAUACGCACUUCACAUCAUUUUGAUGGACUUUUUGAUUCACAUCUACGACCAAAGCAUUUGGGACAUGUCAAACAAAGUCCGUGAAAUAGAAGAGCACCGCGAAUUCCAGACGAACGAGGAUUAUCCGGGGCUGCAUGAGGUGGCCCGUCACACAGCUCACGCAACUGAAACAGUACAGGUAGCUGGCAAUGUAAUCGAACGUAUGGCGUCUGAGUGUGAAGCUCUGGCAGAAAGAGAAACCGAUGAUGAUGCGGAGCAAGCAAUGUAUGAACGACUCGAAUCUUUGAGGAUGCACCACAGUAUGAUGCUAGGAGUUGCGGCUCGCUCGAUCUCGAAUGAGAAAAGACUGAGCAAUGAAAUCAAUCUGCUGUUCAACACGAUGGCUCAAAAGGACAAUGGUGUCAAUUUUCAAAUUGCGCGCGCCACCAAAGCUGACGGCGUCGCCAUGAAAACUAUCGCAAUUGUUACCUUGACUUUUCUACCUGCAACAUAUGUUUCUGCAAUAUUUGGUAUGAACCUGUUCAGCUACAACCCAGACACCCAUGGCGGCCACAUAACCUAUUCUCCUGACCUCUGGCUCUACUUCGUUGUCUCUAUACCUUUGACAGCCGCAGUAUUGACUAUCUGGUGGGUAUGGCAGAGACGAGAGGAGAAGGCUGGGGACCUGGAGCAUGGGAGUGAGAAAGCUAACAAGAGCGUUGGCACCGAACCAUAG